CGGAGCAUUAUAAGUUGCAAGUAGAGUUAUAGAUUGAGGCCGACCAAGGGACGGCCGCGAGGCGAGGCGGCGACGAGAGAGGCGGGCUUCGCUCACCAGUCCGAGCCGCUGGCCAUGGAUCCCAUCAUGAAGCUCCUCGAGGACGACGAAGAGGAUGAGAGCAUGCACUCGGGCGCUGACGUCGAGGCCUUCACGGCGGCGCUGAACCGCGAGGUGGAGGGCAGCGCCAGCAGCAGCAGCAGUGCCGCCUCUGCCUUCUCCUUCCAGCCGCUGGAUCACGCCGCUGGUACAUUACCUCAGAAAAGCAACCCAGUAGUAAACAACAGUCAUGGACAGUGGCAAGGUUCAGUAAAGAAUGACAGUGGAAACCAGGAGAGCCAACAGCAGGAAAAAAAACAUUUAUAUUGCAAAAAAGAGCAGUCAUCCGGACCUGAAGCAGUUCCCAUAGGUGCUGAUAACAAACAACUUCACUCUAAUACUCAAAUUGAAUGUUUCCAGCUAAAGGUUAAGCGAGAGCCAGGAAACAAUGCUCAACAAAGCACUGUUGGUCAGCAGCAGCCUAUGAAACAAAUAAAGAGUCAACAACCACCAGGCACAAACCAAACCAAUAGUAGUCCAGCUAUGGUGGGAAAACCUCCUGUUGUUACAUUUCAUAUGCUAAUCCCGAUUUUGAGACGCUACCUUGACAAAGACAGGGAUAUACAAGUUCAGUCGAUUUUUGCAAAGUUACGGAAAAAUGAGGUCAGCAAGGAACAUUUUUUAAAGGUUAUUAGGACUAUUGUUGGUGAUAAGUUGCUCAAGCAAGCUGCUUCACAAUAUCAAAUGCAGGCUGCUCAGGCACAACGGAAUCCCCCGGCAAACCCAAGCAGUUAUUCUAUGUCAAGUCAAGUCCCAGGUCAGCAAAAUGAGAGCCCAAGACCGCCUCAAUUCUCAUCAGGCCAAAUGCAGAGUAACAUGGGUUAUGCAGCUUCAGAAGGCAACUUACAAAUGCCUAAUGAAACUGGUAACAUGUCAGAUAGGAAAGGGUUGCAGAUGCUACAAAGCCGUCCACCUAAUAUCCACUCAAUCCCACUGCAAGCAACCCAGGAUCAUGUGCAGCGUCCGCAGACAUUUUUGCCAGCCUUAGGGGCAAAUAAUAUUCAUUCUUGUCAAUUUCCACAGUCAGUUGGAGGUCCAAUUGCACCACUUAGACCGCAGAUGACAGAUUCCAGUCAAAGAGGACAAUCAGUCCAGGGAGGUGUUGCCAGUGUUCUUGGCAGUGUGGCCACACGGCCAGCAUUGCAAAAUAAUCAACCUUCACAGCAACAACCAAACAAGGAGCAGAAAACUAAUUCUUUCACUCCAACAGUACAUAUGAACAAAGAAACUGCUAACCAACCCUCUGAAUCAGCACAGAGCUCUUUUGCCGCCUUGAAUGCGAAACAAGUCAACCCAGGCCUUCUAUCUUCAAAGGUUGGUGGUGUUUUGGAAAAUCAAUCAUGUACGUUGGCCAUUCAUAAAUCUUUGACAACAACAAGCUCAAGUCAACCUCAUCCAUCUUAUGGAACUCCAGCAGAACUUAACAUGCAGAUUCAACCUAGUACUCAAGCACCUCCUUCUGGAGCAGCUUCCAAAACACCUCAAAAGAAGCCAUCUGCUGGGCAGAAGAAACCUUUGGACGUAAUUGGCUCAUCCCCUCCACCAUCUGGCAAAAAGCAGAAGGGAUCUGGAGGCUUCCAUGAUCAAAGCAUUGACCAGUUGAAUGAUGUUACUGCAGUUAGUGGUGUUAAUCUGAGGGAAGAGGAGGAGCAACUUUUCUCUGCUCCUAAGGAAGAGAGUCGAGUUUCAGAAGCUGCUCGUAAAGUUGUACAACUGGAAGAAGAAAGGCUCAUUCUACAGAAGGGGCCUCUGACAAAGAAAUUAGCAGAGAUCAUGAGAAAAUAUAAUCUGAAGAGCAUAGGAUGUGACGUAGAGCGUUGUCUAUCGAUGUGCGUUGAGGAGCGGUUACGAGGAUUCAUAAGCAAUACAAUAAGGCUUUCAAAACAGAGGGUUGAUGUUGAAAAAUCAAGACAUCAUUAUUAUCCUUUAUCUUCGGAUGUUCGGAGUCAUAUACUGAGGGUGAACCGGGAAGCUAGAGAACAGUGGGACAGGAAGCUGGCGGCAGAUGCCAACAGAAUCAGGAAACAGAGUGAUGGAGAUGACAAUUCAGUUGUUUCUUCAGAAAAGGACAAGGCUGAGAGCCGUGGAACAUCAAAGCAUGCUAAGACUUACAAGGAGGAAGAUGAUAAAAUGAGAACAACAGCUGCAAAUGCUGCUGUGCGAGUUGCAGCAGGGGGAGAUGACAUGCUUUCAAAGUGGCAAUUGCUAGCUGAAAAAAAUAAACUGAGAGGUGAAGGAGGCGAUGGUUCUUCUGACUCACUGCCAGGUAUUAUGUCGCCUCACAAGCUUUCACCAAAAGCAGGAAAGGGCUCAAGAGAACAGCAGGAAAUUGAAAAGCGAGGCUAUUUUUCAAUGCUUGGUCCUGGUGGCGUUAGAAGGUCAGCACACAUGAAAGUGGCGCGUAGCAUCACGGUGAAGGAUGUGGUUGCGGCACUUGAGAGAGAGCAUCAGAUGUCAAAAUCGUCUUUGCUAUUCCGAUUACACGGGCGACAGUCGACAGAACCAGCUUCGAAAUAGUAGUUGCCCAAAUUGCAGUGUUCAGUUUUGUUAUUGUUGCAUGUUCAUGUGUUCUCUUAGCCAACUGGGGAUGCAUCUUCUCUGGGAGUAGAAUGGCUGAUAUGGGAGUUCCAUUUGUCAAGCAAUAAUCAAUUUUGCAGGCAAUUUAGAAACAAUAGCUCACCAACAAUUUUUUCACAGGAUCAGUAUGCAGGCGUGCUUGCGCUUAUUUCUUCAGGUCUGUAUAAUCUUGUCAUACUCUUCAGUGUGUGGUAACUUCGGAUCCACCAUGCUUGCUGGUGGUAUAGAAAGUGUUUUGUUGGUGGAAACUCAA